AUGAGCGACACGAUUGCAUAUAACGCGGACAAGCUCACCCCGCUCAACGACUUCCCUUUACAGCCAGCGUCCUCUCACGCACCAGAAUCGCUCAUGGCACCUUCUGAUUUCAACGCAAGCUCUUCGAUGCAUAACCAGGCCAUGCUGUUUGCGCCGCCGCAAACCACAAGCUACGAUUCUGUCAUCAACGCGCUAUCCAGCAACGUUCACAAUCCGUCCCUGAACGUGAAGCUCGACCCGAGUCUCGCGCAGAAGGAUCACCACCAGCGAAAAUUGCAGCAUUACGCACGAGAGCAAGCGCAACAGCAAUACGCUCAAAGACUUCGGCAACACCAGCUAAAUGUGGACCAGCGGUACCAGCAGCAGUUGCAUGGUGAUCGCCCAGCGCAGUAUGAUCCACAAAUGCAACAGCAGAACCUCUUGGUUCAACAUUCAGGUCAAUUACAACAACGGCAACAACAUCUCUAUCAAUUCUUGCGCACGGCCACUGCAUACCCGGAACAGCUACUGACGCCACAGCAAACCCCCGAGCAAGUGUCCAAAGUCCCAAGUCUUCCGUUCGAGACUUUGGCUAUAUCUCAUCUGCAACUACAAAAUUCGAUAGCCCUAGGCUUCAAGGAUACUACGCUGCAGUUCGCUCAGCAAGCACGCACAGCACCCAUUCCUCAACCUCAGGUCGCGAAUCAUUAUCUGCCUUCACAACGAAGUACACCUGACACACACGCCCUCCCUACACAGUCCUCUACUACUAAGCCAUUUUUGAUCGCACCACAGCCCCAGAUCAGAUCAGCAGCAUCUGAUCGCGCCGAAGCCAUAUACCGUAACGAGAUAGCCGAACGCGUGCGCCUAGACAAAGAACGAUGGCAGGAGCGUGAGACACAUGCCAAAAGACGAGCAGAGCUGAAGAAAGACACGAGUGCGAUCUACCACAACUAUAACGAGUGUUUGCAGUACUUUCCGCUUGCUGGACGCGAGCGCCCGAGCCCAUACCUCACUGGUUUACUCGCGAAUCAAUCCAUACCGGCAGAACCGACUAGUGAUCAGGGUCUUGCGAUACAGUAUGCGAAACGUAAUUGGGAGAAUUUUUGGGAGAUGGGGGAUCUGAACUACGUUGUGCAGAAGGCAAAACAGGAGAUUGAGAAGAGGGUGGAGUAG